GUCGCGGUGCCGGUCCGGCGCGGUUCCUCUCUUUCCGAUCUCAUUGCUCCCUCCGCUUUUGUUCUAUUUUCGACUUUUCGCUACGACAUGCGAGCGUCAAAUUUCUAAGUACACGCUGGACGAUGCUGGAUUCCGAAGGAUCGGACACACGUUAAAAUCGGUGUAUUUGCGCCGGUACAUGUGACUGUCGCCGGCGUCGGAGGCUUUGUAACGAUCGGACGACGGGAGGCAGAUCAAAAUGCAAAGAGGGUCGUAUUCUCGUUAACGGCAAGAGAGAAGCGACAAUUUUUCAGUGCUUGCAUCGGACACGAGCGGUCAUGUCCUGGCCACACGCGACCAACGCACCGUCGUCCUUCUCGUUCGCGACAUUGCUGGUGACAACGCGAAUGAUACCGUUGGCAUUAACAUCGAAUUACACGGAGGCCAGCAACAUCGAUGGCAUCAUCGGCAGUGCCAUCACCAAGGAAAUCAACGACGAAGAAGAGGAGUAUACGCCGUAUAGCGAUCGACCAGAAACGUACAUCGUGCCGAUCGUCUUUCUCCUGAUCCUGCUGAUCGGCUUGACCGGAAACGGCGUGCUCGCUCUCACGAUCCUCCGACACACGAAUAUGAGGAACGUACCCAAUACGUACGUUCUGUCGCUGGCGCUCGGGGAUUUACUGGUGAUAGUAACAUGCGUACCGUUCACAUUCACCGUCUACAUUUUGGACUCCUGGCCUUUCGGGCUCUUACUAUGCAAACUCUCCGAGUGCGCGAAGGAUAUUUCCAUCGGAGUAUCCGUUUUCACGUUAACUGCUCUCUCAGCAGACAGAUUUUUCGCCAUUGUGGAUCCCAUGCGAAAAUUGCACGUUACAGGUAGCGGAAGACGAGCAACACGCUUUACCGCGAUCGUUGCAGUGCUGAUUUGGCUCUUGGCUAUAGUAUGCGCGAUCCCAGCUUCCUUCUCGUAUAUCAGAGUCUUCAAGGUGAACCGGAACGUGAGCUUUUGCGCGUGCUAUCCGUUUCCCGAGGAAUACGGACCGUACUAUCCGAAGGUGAUCUUGAUAUGUCGCUUCUUCAUCUACUAUGUGAUACCACUCAGCAUCAUCGCGGUUUUCUACAUGCUGAUGGCCAGACACCUUAUACACAGCACGAGAAAUAUACCCGGCGAGAUGCAGGGCCAGGUGAAACAAGUGCAAGCCCGUAAAAAAGUAGCGAAGAUGGUGAUGGCUUUCGUCAUUGUGUUCGCCGUAUGUUUCUUCCCGCAACACGUUUUCAUGCUGUGGUUUUACCUCCAUCCGAACGCGCAGAAGGAUUACAACGCUUUCUGGCACUAUUUUCGCAUUUUGGGUUUCUGCCUUGCGUUCACCAACAGCUGCAUCAAUCCUAUCGCCCUCUACUGUGUGAGCGGUACUUUCAGGAAAUAUUUUGACAGGUAUCUACUGUGCUGCUCCAGGAAGAAGCUGCGAAGACGACAUCGACGGUCGUCGGAUCUGAGUUCCCGUGGGCGGGGGCAAAGUUUUUCGCUCGUCAGUUCGAGAAAAUACUUGGGCGAUUCACGUCGGGAACAACGAAGCGUCAUGCGGCUCUCCAUCUUGACGGGUGACAUGCGACCGAAUACACCGAUCAAGGAACAAGAAACUACCAUUACUCUGUCGACAUAUCCGAACGGAGUCGACGAGUCCUUGAAGAAUCAACGUAUCUCGAUGGAGCCAACCGCACGCGACCGAUUAGUUAUCGUCGAGAAGACACCAGAUACCAUUACUACGACCACGCAUAAGAUCAUUCCCACGUCACUCACUUUAAUACUGACUAAGUGAAUGUACAAUAUAUUUUUCAAAGUAUCUUCUUACUUGUUGAAGCUUGGGGCUGCUGGAACCGUCAUCUGUCACUUGCGUUUGUCACGUUUACUAUGGUAAGGCAUUAAUAAUAGCGACAUUAGUGAUAAUCAGCGAUAAACGAAGUAUAUGAUAAAUGCGAACUUCGUAUGCUUUUAUGAGGAAUUUUAAUAUCUCGUCCGACCAAUAAAACUCACAUUCCGCCGAAUAUGUUACAGUAUUAGGACUCGCGGCUUUGAUAGAUGAAACGAAAUAAGAUUUUAAGACAAGCGAUUCUGUAUGCAUUUAUACGUAGAGAAACGAACGCAUAGAACAGACUAAAAUUCUUGUGAAGUGAUUCCAGUUGCUGUAAGGAUAAUGUAAUAAACAUAUGAAACAACGGAUUAUUUAAGCGUAUAGGACAAAGUUAAUUUUGAGCGUGCAUGAGAGAAAAUCGAAAUUUAUCGAAACGGCAACCGAGUUAUAUCUUUAUGGUGUUUAUCUACAUUAAUCAACGCGUAUCUGUGUUAGUUUGUAUUUAUAAUGUGUACAAAGAUAAGAAAUGUAAGAACUAAGAGAAUAAUAUUUCUCACUAGUACAAAUAUUAAAGUCUGUAUGAAUUAAAUAAAGAAAACUGUAAAUUAUC